AUGGGAUGCGUUCAAAAUAAAGUUCCAAGUGCUGAAAUUUCUAUAAUUAUAUUGAGUCCUCCUAUCUGUGAUUCACCAUCAAUUGAAUUUACACUAAAACCAUAUUACAAUGAGUAAUUUCCUGCUGCUCAUUUGCCUACUAAUACAUCUGUUAAAUACUUUCAUACAAAAUUCAUUUAAUAGAGAAGGUUAACUUGGUCCACAAGAUGUUAAACAAUUAAAGAUAAGAAAGAGAUAUAUAAUAAUCAACCUUCUAAUAGUUGCCCAUACUUUUGA